GUCCUGAUGAGUCCCAGCCAGGACGGGCAAAGGCGCGAGAGCGGCGGGAAGCGCACCAUGCCAGGGACGCGGCUGCUGCUCAGCCUGGCUCUGCUCGGCGGCUGCACGCAGCUCCUGGCCGAGGCCAGCUCGUGGUGGUCCUUGGCUAUGAACCCCAUCCAGAGGCCUGAGAUGUACAUCAUUGGAGCCCAGCCAGUUUGCAGCCAACUGCCAGGGCUGUCCCCAGGCCAGAGGAAGCUGUGCCAGCUGUACCAGGAGCACAUGAUGUACAUCGGUGAGGGGGCCAAGAAUGCCAUCAAAGAGUGCCAGCACCAGUUCCGGCAGAGGCGGUGGAAUUGCAGCACGGUAGACAACACAUCUGUGUUUGGCAGGGUCAUGAGCAUAGGCAGCCGAGAGACUGCAUUCACCUAUGCCAUCAGUGCUGCAGGGGUGGUUAAUGCCAUCAGCCGUGCUUGCCGUGAAGGGGAGCUCUCCACCUGCGGCUGCAGCCGGACAGCCCGUCCAAAGGACCUGCCUCGAGACUGGCUGUGGGGUGGAUGUGGGGACAACGUGGAAUAUGGCUACCGGUUUGCAAAGGAGUUUGUGGAUGCCAGGGAGAGAGAGAGGAACUAUGCCAAGGGAUCCGAGGAGCAGGCCCGCACACUCAUGAAUCUCCAGAACAACGAGGCGGGUCGCAGGGCUGUGUACAAGCUGGCUGACGUUGCCUGUAAGUGUCAUGGGGUCUCGGGUUCCUGCAGCCUCAAGACCUGUUGGUUGCAGCUGGCAGACUUCCGCAAAGUGGGUGACUUUCUCAAAGAGAAGUACGACAGUGCUGCUGCCAUGAGAAUCAACCGCAAGGGUAAGCUGGAGCUGGUGAACAAUCGCUUUAAUUCACCUACUCCAGAGGACCUGGUCUACAUUGAUCCCAGCCCUGACUACUGUCUGCGCAAUGAAACCACAGGCUCACUGGGUACCCAGGGCCGGCUCUGCAAUAAGACCUCAGAAGGCAUGGACGGCUGUGAGCUGAUGUGCUGCGGCCGGGGCUACGACCAGUUCAAGAGUGUGCAAGUGGAACGUUGCCACUGCAAAUUUCACUGGUGCUGUUAUGUCAAGUGUAAAAAGUGCACAGAGAUUGUUGAUCAGUAUGUGUGUAAAUGAGAAGCUCACAAAAGCUAGAAAUCUAUAUUAUAUAAAUCUAUAUAAAUAUAUUUUAUAUAUUUGUAUAAAUAAAUAGACGGUGAUGUUGAUGAUGAUGAUGAUGAUAAUUAAAGAAGCUUAUUUAAGAGACUUGGGGAGGGUCAGAAGUAUUCGCAUUAGAGCAGCUGGCUGAUUGGGUGGCUUCUUUUUUAAUUAUUUAAGUGGGGAGCACAAAAAGUGAGGGGUGGAAUUGUGUAUGGGCUCCCUUGGCACAGUUCAGCCAGGAUAAAAGGGAAACGUAAGGUCAGUGGUGAAAGGAAUCUGCCUACAGUUUUUGUAUUGCAAGAGUACAAGGAUGGGAGGUGUUCCCUCUGCUACCUUAAGGCUGAAAUUCACAUUGGGUGUUUAGAGCCGAGGAAAGUGCCUUGGAUGGAUUUCCAAAAGAACUUGGUUUCAUUUUCUGCUUCUUGUCAAACAUGCUGCGGGAUACCAAACCACCGCAAGGGAAAUCGCCUGUCUGUAAUGUUGAAAAAUUGCAGUGUUCCAUGCAGUUGAUGUGUGGAUUGAAGAGAGACUGUUUCAUGAUGGCAGAUGGUUCCCCUGGCUCAAGUGGGUGAAGGAAAACAUUACCUUUGACCUAGAAGUGCUGCUUGACCCUUCUAUCCUGAUGGAAGCCCAGCAUCUGGUUCUUCUGCAUUUUGCAGAAUGUACAAGGCAGUGGGGGUGGGGGAAGGACAGAUUCUACCAAAGCUCUGAAAAGGCAAAGUGGUCAAAAGUGAAAUUCUUUUUUUUCCUGCCAGUUGGUCUUUAUGUUCCUUGUGAAAGAGAAACUGGCUACUUGUCUCUUGGGCUUCCAUGGAUUGUUUAGGGAAGGAGACCAUGUUCUGUGCCAGUGUCUCUGGACUCCAGAGACACACAAACACACCCCAGACUAAGUAACAGCAACAAAAAUCAUGAUGCCUCAGCCUCUACAUGGACUUGGACUUGGAUGCUCAUGUGUCCCACUCCUUUUCAUCCUCCUUGCCCCUGUCAUAGAUGUACACUUUCUUUUAAACAUUAAAUAUCCCUUGUUCUCA